GUAACUUGUUAAUAUAAAUAAACUAAGAAAAAAAUAAUGCAUUUUUAAUAUUUUACUUAUUCUAAAAUGCACAUCAAUUAUAUAAGGUAAUAAAGUAAAGUAGAGCUUACUUUUCUAACAUAGAAAAGUGGCUCACAUUCUGCUUUGUGCUCGUUUGUUCUUAAAAGGAACUCUUCGUUUCAAUCAGUGAUCAUGUCCGGCCCCAACCUGACCGUGAGUUACAACGUCCCUUUCGCGUGGCUCGCUCGGCCUAACGAACGUGAUUCCGCCCACACCAACCAUAUGAAUCGCUCACUUCCAAGAAGCUGUUCUUCCUCGUCUCCCCUUGUUGUUUUGCUUUUGAUUUGUCUUGCCUUUGACGAGAGCCGAGCCCAUCCAACCAGAGCUGACAGAUGCCUCGCACUACCUCAGAAAAACACCGGUUGCCAUCACGGUUGUUGCACCAGCGUCGUGAGUGGCAACAAAAAAAUAACACAUCCCUUCGGUGCCUGGAACUUUUAACUUCGGGCCCCUGCCCGCCCCGCAUUUGCAACGGUCCAAAUCGUGUCAUCCAUCUUGGCUUCAAGCUCAUCGAGCACCAGCCUGUAGCUUCCUGUAGCCCUUGCCUAUCUAUAGCCCUUUCCUCCAUCUAGCUCGUCUUGAUUGCAUGGAAGAAAAAGCCUUGGACUGCCAUCGCCAGAGUUCUUCCAGUCUGAUCUCCUGUGAUACCUGAGCUGCCUCGAGAUUCAAUUGUCUCCUCUUCUUUCACCACCCCCAAUUUGAUUCACCAUCCUAGCCAGCGAAAAGAGUGUGGGAUCGCUUUGUUUCUUCGUUUGAUCGAGUUGAGCAGCCUGUUGGAAGAGGGAGGCGUCAGGAAAAGUGAUCCUACGAAAAGGAAUGAGUAUGAAAAUCUCUUGCCUUCCAGUGCUGCUGCUGCUGCUGCUGCUGCUCGGUAUCGUUCAUCUCUCAGUGGCAGAGACUCAUCCGGGCGAUGUCACGGUGCUCAAGAACAUCAAGGCAGCGGUGGCAGCGUUUCUACCGCAGUCCAGCUGCGUUGCUUCGUGGGACUUCUCGCGUGAUCCCUGUGACUCGUACGCGUCGGAGAAAUUCGUCUGCGGCUUCAGCUGUGACGCGGCCAAUCCUCGGAGCAAGAGAAUCGCACGGCUUGAGCUGGAUGCGUCUGGCUACUCUGGUGCAAUUCCUCGGUCACUUGGCAACCUCGAGUCUCUGGUGGUGCUGGACAUCUCGCAGAAUUCUUUCACGGGAUCCAUCCCUUCGGAAAUUGCGAGGCUCAGGAAUUUGCAGAAGUUGGACUUGUCAGGAAACAAGCUGUCCGGGGCUCUCCCACAAUCCAUGGCUCAGCUCAACAAGCUUGAGUACCUGUCGGUGGCAAACAACAAGCUUAGUGGAACUCUUCCAGUAAGUUUGUUUUCUUCUAUGAAAGAUUUGCAAAGGCUUUACCUCCAAAACAAUCAAUUCGCUGGUGCGCUUCCGACGUCACUCUCCAAUACCGUCAACCUGAGAUACUUCGACGCCAGCCAUAAUGGCUUCGCGGAUAGUCUGCUCUUCUCCAAGCUGCCGAAGUCUCUAUACCAGCUUUCACUGCGAAGUAACGCAGCCUCUCUGACGCUUGACAGCCCCGACGUUACAAGGUUUCAGGAUCUCGAGGUGCUGGACUUGAGCAGCAACAAAGUAAGGGGACCUCUCCCUUCCACGAUAUUCUUGCUACCGAGCCUCCAGCAGCUAAACCUUUCCCACAACCAGCUCACUUCAAUCAGCUCAACCGAUCACCUGGAUUUUAGCAACAGCCAGCUCGUUGCUUUUGACGCGAGUCAUAACAACAUCCGAGGCAGCUUGCCGGUUGCAUUGUCGAGGCUUAACAGGCUUUCAUCCCUCUCCUUAAGCAGCAACCACUUCACCAGUAGAAUCCCAGACGAGUACGCGAAGAAAGUUGCAGCCGACGGUUCCACUGCUCUACCGCUGGCCAGACUGUUCUUGGAUGGAAACUAUCUCCAAGGCGAGGUACCCAGCCUGUUUCUAAAGCCCCUCCCAAAUCUCAUCAGCGCCAGCUUCACAUACAACUGCCUCAAGAAAUGUCCAGCCAGUCUUUCCUUCUGUAGUGGAAGCCAGAGGCCCGAUUCCGAGUGCCGCUACUAGAUAUAAGUCGACUCGUCACCACCACGUUAUCGUUGACAUAAAUAAACAAACUGCUGCCUACUAUGUUACAUA